AUACUAGCUAGCACCCUCAACACUACAAUCUUUUAACACAUUUUGCUCGUGCUAGUUACCAAAAUGUUCGUAUAAGAGAUAUAUUGACGAUGAUGAUGAUGAUGAUGCAUGUUGAAUUUUGUUAUGCAGGUUUGGCUUAAUUUUGUUUUACAAAAGAAAAAAGAAAAAUUGGUGCUAUGUUAUUUUUGAAAUGAUGCUUUAAUCUCGUUGGUUGAUUUCAUUGAAAUGGUAAAGGAUUAGGUGCUGCAUGGUUCUCAAGUUGGAGGAUUAGAUUAAACAAAAGCUGAAUUGCCUCUAUUGUAAAGCUUUGUUAGUUUUAGUUUAGUUUAGUUUAGUAUAGUAUGAAUGAAUGAGUGACAUUAUAGUUAUAGGAUGAUCAUGGAACCCAUAUGUGAAUUUUGUGGGGUUGUAAGAGCUGUGGUGUAUUGCAAGUCGGAUUCUGCGCGCCUAUGCCUGAACUGUGAUGCAUCUGUGCACUCUUCCAAUCCCCUGUCAAGCCGGCAUGCGCGCUCUCUCCUCUGUGAUCUCUGCUAUUGCCAAGCAGCUGUUGUUUGUUGUGUAGAUCAUAACAUGUGUGUGUGUGAAGCCUGUGAAUGGAACCAGAAUGAGUGCUUAUUGAGGGGACACGGCCGCCUGCUGUUGAAGUUCUAUACCGGUUGUCCCUCUUUCGAGGACUUGUCUAGGCUCUGGUCCUUUGUGUUUGAUGCUAACUCCUCAUGUGGUGGUGGUGGUGGUUUGGAACCAAUUAGUACACUAUGUGUGGAAAGACCUGAUAAUGAUGAUGGUUUAUUUGAUUUGGUGAGUGACAAGUUGACUGAGAUACAACCUUGCUUCAAAUUCGAGCCUUGGACGGAUCUGUCUCCCAUGAUUCCAUCAAAUCAAGAUACCAUGCAAUUCUGCAAAGAUCAAGCACUUUUUUCCCCUCCAGAAUCAAACCAGCCAAAGCUGCAGGGAUGUUCUAAUUUCAACUAUCUUGGAAUCGAUGAAGGAAAUGGUUUAUGUCCUUCUGCGGAUUCCAUUGAGGCAUCAUCAUCAGUCCAACAAGAUUUUGUAACCUUUCAGUCUCCGAGCAUGACGCCGACCUUCCACAGUAAUGUGAAUUGUGCUCUUGUGAGUCCUAUUUACAACAGAGACAUGAAUCUUGGAUUCCCUCAGGGCCAAGUUCAUUCGAGCAUAUCGAUGGAAUUAUCCAGCAUUGCUGGAGACAGUAGUGUUACUGAUCUAGAUUGUGAGUUGUCCAAUGAGAUACAAUGCCCACAGAGAAGGGCCAAAGCUAAAAUGAGAUACAAUGAGAAAAAGAAAACCCAAAUGUUCGGCAAACAAAUAAGAUAUGCAUCUCGGAAAGCGAGGGCCGAGGCAAGAAAACAAGUGAAAGGUAGAUUUGUUAAGACAGGAGAAGAAUAUGAUUAUGACUCUCUGCUGCAGAAUAAGCUUGAAUAA